CUUGGCAUGGCGCUGCCUUGGGCCCUCGCAGUCCUGAGCCUCCUUCCUCUGCUGUCCGCCCAGAGCCCAAAGUGUUUCAAUUUCACGGUGCCUCUCACCAAUGCCACUCUGGACCAGAUUACUGGCAAGUGGUUUUAUAUCGCCUCAGCUUACCGCCGCCCUGAGUUUAAGAAGUCAGCCAGCAUGUUGCAGUCAGUCUUCUUUUACCUUGCCCCCAACUAUACGGAAGACACAGUACUGGUCAGAGAGUACUGGACCAUUGAGAACCAGUGCAUCUAUAACACCAGCAACCUGAAGAUCCAAUGGGAAAAUGGGACCUUCUCCAAAUACGAGGCAGGCGAAGAAGUAACUGGCUACCUGCUGUUCACCAAGGACCCUGGGAUCUUCAUGAUCGUCAAUUACCCAGAAGACAAGCAGAACAUGGGUCUGUCCCUCAAUGUGGACAAGCCUGUGGCGACCCAGGAACAAAUGAGAGAGUUCUACGAAACCAUCACGUGCAUGGGCAUGGACAAGUCAGAAAUCAUGUACACCGACGAGAAAAAGGAUCAGUGUGGGCCGCUGGAGAAAGAACAAGAGGAACGGAAGAAAGAAAAUGAGGGGUCUCCGGAAAACACAUAA